AGCUAACCUGCUCGCCAAAUGCUCGGAUUCUAGGGAGGGAUAGCUGCUUGUGUUUGGACGGACUGUUAACGCGAUGGUUGCUUCGGUUUGGACGGAGUGUUACCGGAGGGAUUGUUGCUUGGGUUUAGAUUUUCACACUCUCGGACGGAGUGGGAAGGACGAACCACAGAUUUGGGGCUCUAGGGUGUCGAAAAGGGAGGGGGGGCUUCCAAUUGCUUUUUCGGUUUUAGAUUUCCGAUCGAUUUGCUUGGUCGAGUUGCUGGCUGAAGAUUGGAUGGAAUGGACGAGUUAGUUUCAGAAGGGGACGAGUUGCUUGGACGGAAUGAAGAAGAUGGGAACGAGCUGGUUUUGGAAUUUUUUUAUUUAAUCACGUGAUCGCCACGUGUCAAUGCCACAUCAUCAAGCAGUUAGCGGUAAGGGUGAGGGGACCGAGCAGCAUUUACCCUUUUCGUUAGCACCAAAGGAGUGAGGAGAACGCAUAUGCAUGUAAUCACUCGGUUGGUUAAAUCGCUGAUUGCCGAUGAGAGAAGCAGGCAAUCUGUCUUCGUCGCCAAACAACCUUAAAAAUCCAAAUAUCUUAGAAAAAUUCAAGAAACAGGAAGAAGAGGGAGGAGUGGAACUUUGGAGAAUAUACCAGAGAGGAGGAGGAUUAGGAGGAACGAUGGAUGUGCCGAGCUCAUGGGACGCCCUUCGCAAACAGGCUCGGAAGCUUGAAGCUCAGUUGGAAGAACAAAUGAAUUCAUAUCGUAAGGUGGUUUCUACAAAGGGCAUGGCAAAAACUGACACUUCAGAGAAUGAUUUUGACUCUGGGAUAGACCGACUGUUAAAACAGCUCCAGCAGGUAAUUUCGCAGAUGCAAGCUUGGGUAUCAUCAGGGGGAUCAGAAAUGGUUUCUCACACCUUGACUAGGCAUCAAGAGAUUCUGCAAGAUCUUACUCAGGAGUUUUAUCGUCUCCGCUCAAGCCUCAGAGCUAAGCAAGAACAUGCUUCACUCCUUGAGGAUUUUAGAGAGUUUGAUUGCUCAAGAUUGGACUUGGAAGACAGUGUUGGUUCUGCUGAGCAAGCCCUCCUAAAAGAGCAUGCAUCUAUUAGCCGAAGUACAGGACAGAUGGAUACUGUGAUUUCUCAAGCUCAAGCAACACUGGGCGCACUUGUCCUCCAACAUUCGAGUUUUGGUGGCAUCAACUCAAAGCUCAGCAAUGUUAGCAGCCAUCUCCCAACGGUGAACAGUAUUCUUUCCGCAAUAAAGAGAAAAAAGUCAAUGGAAACCAUUAUACUUUCGCUUGUUGCAUCUGUAUGCACGUUUCUCAUUUUUAUCUACUGGUUGAGCAAAUGAGGAAUGAGCAUUAAAGUGUUUCACGUUUGUGGUGAAACUAUUGUAUUCUUUGAUCCUCUAUGUCCAGAUGAGGGGAGCUGUCUUAUGUUGUUGAGGUGACAUUUUUUUUAAGGGUAGUGCAUUAUAUAUCUUGAUUCGUAUCUGUAACAGAAUGCAAAUGUCCAGUAAAGUUCAAUACUUUCUAGAUUAGAGAUGUUGAGCAGGAUUACCACUGGCUAUCAUAAUGUUGUCAUAAUUUGUACCUUUCGUUCCUCUCUCCAAGAAGCUUGGUUCUUUGUUUCUUUGUUGAGGAUUGAUCAAUGAAAUUUCCUCUCUCCGUAAUUAAGGGUGGAGGGCAAGAUUGCACAA